AAUUAAAGCAAUGGACCAAAAAAAAGUUUCACUUGGGCCUCUUAAAUGAGGGGAACACAAAGCCCUUCUGUGAAAUGGGCUCAAAGGAAAAGCCGCUUGAUUCUUUCCUUAGUGGAAGCUGUUGAAGUGGCUGCCUGGAAACCAAGAGGGCUGGUUGACACCAGAGACAGCGCACAAAAGAAGGCGGAUCUAUGAGACUGAAAUUUUAAACAGGAGCUCCCUGCCUUUGCAGAAUGAGCUAAACUCCUGCUAGGGCAGGACAGAGCGGCAGAGGCUCAUUAGCCGGGGAACAUCCUCUGUCAGGAGACCUGAAGAGCCACUUGCAGUCUUGUCACUGUACCAGAAGUCACUGAGAGAGCUGAGGUGUCUGCUGCUUCUGUAAGCAGCAACUUUCAGAGUAUGAAGGAAACGAGGCUGCAUUCAGGGACAUGGGGGUUUUCAUGUUAAGCACUGAUGGGUCCAUGGCUGGAGUAGAGGUCUGAAACAGGCAAUGAGAGCGUGGAGAAGCUGGUCCUUCCGGAGGCUGAGAGGGAAGGUUUUCAGGAAGACCACGCUCCUGUUUGUGCUCUUCUGGUUUGCACUGUGGAUUUUGGUGAACACACUGGUGUUCAUGCAUGGGACCAUCUUCUCUGACUUCUGCACUGAUGAGAAAAGCAAGAGGAUUCUGGCAAGAGUGUGUGAAGAAUACAAAGAAGGGACACUAACUGGAGACCUCUGUGAAGAUCUGUGCAUCAAUGAGCAAGUGGUGUACAAAAAAUGUCUUUACUAUGAAAAAGGCAAAAAGGUCAUCAAAGCCACCUGGCGCGGCAUCCCUGUAAUCCUGAAAUCAAAGCUUGAAAACUUCUCUGCUUAUGAAACUUUUGGACUACUGGAUUACCAGGAAAUGCAGGACAUUUCCUCUAUGGAUAUUAUUUUUCUUGCAAUGUUACAGAUAAAAAACUCCCUAGGGCUUGAACUGAAGAACACAACCAUACCGACGAUAUGGGCCAAGUACUUACAAGGAAGAGCAGAGCCAUUUUCCCAGGCAGAGCUGGCCACUAUGUGGUCCCUUCUCCAGCAGGAGGAGUAUAUGUUUUUUAAAAUGUUGCAAGACUUAAGCAGGCACGUAGUAAAAGUUAUGGGCUCGUGUGGCCAUUUUUAUGCUGUUGAGUAUCUUGUGGCAGGACAUGCUUGGAAUCAGAACCUGUUUGCCAUAGAAGAACUGAUGGACUCACUGAGCUAUGAUCGCCUGACCUCAAGAGGUGCCAUCCAUAAAAUUGCACUUAGCUUUUUGGACAUGGUGAAGCACUUUGAGAACGACUUUUCAUACCUUCUCCACCUCUGUGACAUCAAGCCAGAAAAUUUUGCCAUUAGAAAAGAUCUAACAGUUGUAGCCAUAGAUGUGGACAUGGCUUUCUUUGAGCCUAAAAUGAAGGACAUCCUGGAACAGAACUGCACAAAUGAUGCUGACUGUAAUUUUUUUGACUGCUAUUCCACAUGCAAUGUGAAGACCAGAAGAUGUGGUGCAAAGCGGAUUAACAGUAAUCUGCAAGUCAUUUGUGACAAAAUAUUCCGGCACUGGUUUUCACCCAGUCUCAUUGACGCAAAAGCUAACCUUCCCCUUCAAGUCCAGCUGCAACAAGCAGUGCAAAGAUGUGCAGAACCACUGGACAGUGACCAGGAACAGAAAAGACUCUUCUCUGAGCUGUACAAGCUGCUGCAGACCAGCGAGAGACAACUGCAUGAAUGAAUUCUACAAGACAAUUCAUUUGGGCUGUGAAGCAUCACCGUCGUUACUUACCCUAUCAUUUUAUUCUUGAUAACAAAUUCAUUUUUUUGGUCUUGAAUACAUUUGUUAUAACUAAUACCAGUCAUUGUAAUACUGACCUUGUAUCGUGAAUGUUAACCCCUCAUGCAUUCUUAUCUGUAUAUGUAGCAUAUUGAUUUGUUUUUGUGACUUGUAGGGAUGCUCAUGACACAUUCCUUAAAUAACUUGAAGGUGACUAAAAUAAAUAAAAAUAGUCAUUUUUAAAAUUUGAACACUCAA